AUGAAGCUCUCGACAUUGUUGCAGAACCGCCGGAGCAACAGCAUCAAGGACUCGCCGGCGUUUGAAUCCUCCGGUGAAGUUACCGGAAAAUCUCCAUUAAGCUCUUUCUGGCUCUUCCUCCAUGCCGCGUUCUGUGUUGUUAGUCUCUCGCUAGGAUUUCGCCUCUCCCGUGUUUUCUUCUUGUUCCUGUUCUCCGCUUCCUCUAUUAGUUUCUAUACUGUUCCGUCCGGCGGCGGUGAAAUCUCCGUUCCGCUUCGUGUUCAUUCCUCCGUUACGGUGAAUCCGAGUGCUAAUGUGGAGAAUCCUGUGAAAAAGUUAGCUCUUAUUGGUGCCUCCGCUGGUAGCCGUGUGGUAGUUGGUCGGCACGGGAUCCGAGUCCGAUCGUGGCCGCAUCCGAAUCCGAAUGAGGUGAUGAAGGCUCACCGGAUAAUUGAGAGAGUUCAAACGGAGCAGAAAGUGCUGUUCGGAGUGAAAAACCCUAGGACGGUUAUUGCAGUGACGCCGACUUAUGUCCGGACGUUCCAGAAGCUUCACUUGAUCGGCGUGAUGCACUCGCUGAUGCUUGUGCCGUAUGAUCUGGUGUGGAUUGUAGUGGAGGCCAGAGGUGUUACAAAUGAGACUGCUUCCAUCAUUGCCAAUUCAGGACUCAGAACAAUCCACAUUGGCUUCAAUCAACGGAUUCCGAUUACCUGGGAUGCUAGGCAUAAAUUGGAGGCUCGAAUGCGACUUCAUGCUUUAAGAAUUGUGAGAAAAGAGAAGCUGGAUGGGAUUGUUAUGUUUGCUGAUGAUAGCAAUAUGCAUAGUAUGGAGUUAUUCGAUGAAAUUCAGAGUGUGAAAUGGAUAGGGGCAGUUCCGGUUGGAAUACUUGUUCAAUCUGAUACGGAUGGAUCUUCAACCUCACACGGCAAGGAGGAGACCCUACCAAUGCCAGUACAGGGUCCUGCUUGUAAUGCGACAAAUCAUUUGGUUGGGCUGCAUACCUAUGAUUCGUUAAAAUAUGCAAGGAGAAAUGCAAUUUACGUAGGUGACAGGGCGCCUGUUCUACCUAGAAAGCUUGAAUGGUCUGGGUUUGUUUUGAGUUCCAGGUUGCUUUGGAAGGAUUUUGAUGAUAAACCUGACUGGAUUAAGGAUAUUAAUGCGUUAGAUGCAGUUGACGAGGACAUCAAUAAUCCAUUGUCUCUUCUUAAAGACAUAUCCGUGUUAGAACCACUUGGGAGUUGUGGACGCCACAUUUUGCUUUGGUGGUUCCGGGUUGAAGCUCGCACAGACAGCAAAUUCCCACCUCAAUGGAUAAUUGACCCUCCUCUGGACAUCACCGUCCCCUCAAAACACACUCCAUGGCCAGAUGCCACUCCUGCGAUCCCAGCUAAAGAAAAGGUGCUAAUUGGCACACAAGAGCAGACGACCAAGCAUUCUACAAAGACUAGAACAUCCAGAUCUAGGCGUAGCCGAAGUAAGAGAAAGCAUGACACCAAAGUGAUCGGUAUUCAAGUCUCUCCACAUUCUAACCAAAACUGA